GCCUCAGACUAAUUAAAAAAAUUUGUCUGAAGCGGGGCCGCUUGAGACUGGGGCGCCAGCGCCCAGGACUGGGUAAAAAUUUAGUCCCGCCUGAGUCUCAGGUGGUCCCGCCCCAAUCCUUACUAAAAACCACAAUAUCUUUGUCAAUAGUUUUUAAUUGGUCAGGUAAAUUAAAAAAAAAAAACAGUAUUUCUGUCAUUAAUCCUCCGCUUCUCCGGAAAAGGAAGUUGGGAUAAAAAAAUCUCCGAAGCGGGAGAAGAAAGGAGGGUGCGGGAAAACAAGCGAGUGAAACUGCGAGAGAAGAGGGAAUUAAUUAAUUCUUAAAACCAAAAUUGCAUUUCUUCUUCCUUCGUUUCCCCUUCCCAAUUCCACCAGCAGCGUUCCCCCGCCCUCCCUCCAUUUGUGCUUCCGCUUCUGCUUCCGUUUCCCUUCCCCCUUCCGCCUCCGUCCCUCGUCCUAACGGCGGUGGCUGCUCUCCCUCGCGUCUCCGCCGUCACUGCUCCGAAUCUCCCUCAUCAUGUCGCUUCUUCUGUUCCCCGGUGAGCCUCUCAACCUCUCUCUCGUCCAUCAAUUGAUUUGUUCGUUCUGAAUCCGCGGCCGCGCUCUUCGUUUGUUUCUACCGUUGUGUUUACGAGAUUGCGAUCCAAUUCUCGAGCCUUUUUUGGCAGGAAACGAGUCUGUAUUUGUUUGGCUCAUUCUUCCGCCGUAAUUCGCUAUUUGCGUACGAUGACUGUAAUAUGAAUGAUUGAUCUCAUCAGCAGAAAUGAACGGAUGAGUGUGAAGUAGGUCAUUCGUGUUUUGGAUUUUGUGCUUUGCGUACUGACGGAUGUAAUUGAUUUGAAUCGUCCUCAUCAUCUGUAUCGCUGAGUUUUACUCGCUUUGCUGGUUUAUGGUGGUUAGGAUUCUGUUUCCUGCUUUUUUGUAGAACGACUGUAUUCGUUAGUUCAAUCACCGUCAUAUUGUUUCCCGGUCCGUUGUUCGUUCAAUUAACUUGGGACACAGGCAUUUCUGUGGAUCCAGUGAUUGGUGGAUGAUGCGUUUCGGAAAUGUUAUUGAAUCGAUAUUGGAUUCAUUAUGCUUCCCUCAUGGUUAAUAUCUUUGGAUGUGGUUCAUGGUUGAUCGAGUUGAGGAAGGAUGUCAAAGUUCAUUCUAGUUAGGUAGUUUGACAUAGUUUUUUUUUUUUUUUUUUAAGUCGAGCUUCUUCAGUGUAGUUUGUGAUACUUCUGAUAAGCAUUUAACAUGUUUGAUUUGAUUAGCCAGGAUUGCCGCAUGGAUUGUCCAACAGCAUUGCAGUUUCUCCAGAUCUAUUUCAUAGCUGCAACCAUUCCAACCUGAUAACUACAAGAGUAAAUUUCGGCAAGCUACUUUGAUCAUGGUUAUGUCCGGUACAAAGAUUUCUAGUUGUUUAUUGCUGGCAUUCAAGCAUGGUGUCUGCUUGAGAGAAAAGCUCUCUGCCGCCGCCAUCUCUGCUGCUGGCUCUGAAUUGUACAGCUUCUUCUCUUUGACCUUCUUCAACGUUUUCUGAUCUCGAGCUAGCUCUGUACAUAUAGAGAGAUAUGGCAGUUGCAACUUUGAAAGGACACUUUCCAGCAAGUGAGUAUGGUGGAAGUAAACUAAUUGAAGCGAGAAAACCUUCUCCAAGGAGACGGCGUGUAUUCGUACAAACUGAAACAGGAUUUGUUUUGGGAAUUGAACUAGAUGGGAGUGACAACGCCCACACUGUGAAGAGGAAGUUACAGCUUGCCCUUAACGUCCCAACCGAGGAGAGAUCUUUGAUAUUUGGCGAUGUAAUACUGAAAAAUGAUCUGAGUGAAGUUAGAAACUGUUCUCCACUUCUCCUCACAAGGAACUUCAUGCACAGAAGCUCAUCGACUCCAUGUCUUUCGCCACGUGCAAAGGAUCAUCUUCAGCAGAGUGACAAGAGCAGCCCAGUUGAGAUACUUGGAUUUUCAGAUCACUUUGCUGUAGUAAAGCCGCUAGUGAGGGAAAUCACAAAAGCAAUGAGAAACGGUGUCGAUCCAACCCCCACUCAUGGCGGCCUUGGAGGUGCAUACUAUUUCAAAAAUUGCCAAUAUGAGAAUAUGGCCAUUGUGAAACCCACAGAUGAAGAACCUUAUGCCCCCAACAACCCAAAAGGGUUUGUUGGGAAAGCCCUCGGUCAGCCGGGCCUGAAACGUUCAGUUCGGGUUGGUGAAACGGGGUUCAGAGAAGUGGCAGCUUACCUUCUCGAUCGUGAUCACUUUGCCAAUGUGCCUCCCACAGUCCUUGUAAAGGUGACGCAUUCUAUUUUCAACAUCAACGAUGGAAUGAAUCAGGGCAAGCAACCUCGACACCCGAAGAAGCAGGUUAGCAAGAUUGCAUCGCUUCAGAAGUACAUACCUCAUGAUUUUGAUGCCAGUGACCAUGGGACUUCGAGUUUCCCGGUUGCUGCUGUGCAUAGGAUAGGAAUCUUAGACGUGAGAAUCUUGAAUACCGACAGGCAUGCAGGGAAUCUUCUGGUUAGGAAGCUGGAUGGGAUUGGAAGGUUUGGACAAGUUGACCUUGUCCCCAUUGAUCAUGGACUAUGCCUUCCAGAAGACUUGGAGAACCCAUAUUUCGAGUGGAUAAACUGGCCACAAGCUUCAUUACCAUUCUCCGACGACGAGCUCGAGUACAUAAACAGUCUCGACCCUUGUCGAGAUGCUGACAUGUUGAGGAGGGAGCUGCCGAUGAUUAGAGAGGCGUGCCUCAGGAUUCUAGUCGUUUGCACAAUUUUCCUGAAGCAAGCCGCAGGUUUCGGUCUGUGCCUGGGGGAGAUUGGAGAAAUGAUGAGUAGGGAGUUCUGCGGUCCGGAAGAGGAACCUAGUGAGUUUGAGCUCAUAUGCAUGGAGGCAAGAAGUCGAGUAGAAGAGUCAAGAUCAUCAUCCCCUUCUUCUGACGUGAAGAAUGCAGGAGAUAGUAACGAGGAGUUCCAAUUUGACAUUGACUGUGAGGCCAAACUAGAUGGGCCCCCGUUAAAAAUGUUGGAUAAAGAUUCAAGAACGGUUUCAUUUGGGUGCAGGAACGUCCGGAACCUACUUUCCAAGCUAGAGGAGAGUCUUGAAGAGGGAGAGGAGGAUGGGCUAACUACUACUGCAGUUGUAGAUAUUAAUACUGACCCCGAUGCUGGUGAAAUCGCAGCCAUGACUACGACCUUGGCUAAAAGGUCGAUGUUGUUAAAGAACAUGAGUCUAGGUGAGAAGAGCUGGAGGCGCGAGAUUGCAAUGGAGAAACUCGGGUGUAUGGCUGGGGUAUCGUCUGGGAACAGGAGUGUCAAUGAACAGCUUCCUUCGAGCUGCAGCUUUGUGAAGCUUUCUGAGCUGAGUGAAGGGGAGUGGACACAGUUUCUCGACAUUUUCCAGAAGUUGCUGUACCCUGCUUUUGAAAACCGUGAACCAGCAGGAAAGCAGGGUCCGAGAAACCACAGACAGAGGUUAGGAACCUCGUGCCAGUUUUGACCCAGCUUCGGAAUAUGCAGCUUGGCAGUAUCUCCAAGCCUUUGAGCUGGAAGUAUAUCACAAGCUGCUGAGGUGAGAACUACUUUUUUGUUCCUCCCUGUGUAAUAUCAAAUAUGCAUUUUUUUACCUUCUUUUUGUCUUUCCCCUUUUUUACUAUUUCCCCACUCUCUGGUUCUGCUUUUUGCUUAGACUGCUACAAAUCUGCUAUUCUAGGCAUUUGAUUGUAAUAAAAGUGGAAAACACAGGAACUAAUAAGACAUAAUGUAUAGAAAGGUUCCUGAUGUUUUUUUUCUUUUGCUGCAAAUGAGUAAAUAAUCCUUGUAAGGGAUGAUCAAUUUGCAGCAGCUUAGAUGUUACUGAUUGUAGUAAUAAAUGGAAAAAAAAACACACGAACUGUCGCGUUCGUUGUGUUCUGCUCCUUCUGGAGGAUACCAUUAUUAUAUUUCCUUGAUGAUGCCUUGCCGUGUGCUGUUGUUAAGAGUAGCAAUGAAGUAUGGCAAUUUGG